AUGAAUGAUGACCAGAGCAUCCUCAUGUUCCUGGAGAUUCUGGCACCCGUCUACAGAUUCGAUAAGGAGUGUUUUAAAUGUGCUCUCGGGGUAGGCUGAAUUUCACUUUAUUUUAUUUGUUCUUGGUUUCAAAUAAAACAUAUAUAUCGAUAAGAUGCACUUUUGAAAUCCCAGAGGAUAAAAUUAAAGGGAUCUUUAAAUACUAAUGUCUUUAAGUAUUUUGUUCAUUAGUCCACUCUUAAUACAAUCUCAAAGAAUUGUGCAUGUCAACAGUCAAGUUUUCAAGACAGAGCACUUUCAGUAAAGAGCAAAAAACUGGGAUGAUGAUGCAUUUAGCAUCAUAUGAUUAUUUCCAAGGUUACAGUUGUUUUCUCAACAAUUCAAUUCUGUUGUUCUCAGACAGUGGAGUAAAUAAAGCCUGGGAUAUCAUGGUUGUAAUUUGGGUGAUUUCGUCCGUCUCGCUGCAGCCUUAAUGAAAUGACAGUUGCAUAGUGACCCCUGCUGGCCAUAAUGAACACAACAAUGACAUCAUUGAUGUAGCAGACAGGUGUUUUCAUUGUUAUGAGUUGGCACUUUGAAGCCGACAGACUGAACUCUCUGCUUAACUCUCAUUGUGUGUGUCUCUCUUUUCCUCUUGUUGAUUUGUGACUGAACUGAAGACAAUAAUCUCAAUGGUUCUUUCUCUCUUUCUUACUGAUAGUUGAGCUGGGUCAUCCAAGUAGAGCUAGCCAUUGGACCUGAGGAGGGCAUUAGCUACCUCACAGACAAGGGCUCGACUGUAAGUAGGAAAUGUUCAUAUUCAUAUUUAUCGUGUUGUGCAUCCUUGUCUUGCAUUUCCACACAAACAAGCACAGGCCUUACAGUUAUAUGACCUAUAUAGUUUUCAACCAAGGACAUCAAACUUUCUCAAAGAUAUUUAGGACCAUUACAUAGUGUGGUCUUCCUCAAAGAAGAACAUCUGGAACCAAACACUACUUGUAACCUAUGGACUAGUCGCUCUCUUUCCCCUCACUAUACAAUAUCUAUUUACCCUGAAAGUAUUGGUUUUCAAAGAGCAUUCCUAGUCAUUAUGUCAUGACGUCUUCAGGGGCUGAGGUAAUGAGAACGAGAGAGAGACUGUUUGUUAAGUAAGAGAAAUCCUCCCAAAAUCGCCCCUGGGGGUUUUUACCCACCAAACUGAGAGUAUCAGAUUUUCUUCUUGUUAAUUGACCGUGAGCCAAGGUUUUAAGAAAGGUUAUUUCUGGAAUCCAAGAGACCCCUCUUGUUCUGUAAGCAAACGAUACGCCAAAAACAUCCCUGUCAAGAACAAAAAUGUAGCAGCUUGAAAUGGAACGUUUCCAAUGAAAGAAUAGAUAGAUAACACAAAAUGCAGCUUCCCAAUAAAUAUUGUGACCAUUUAAAAAGUUAGUUCAACUUUACUUUUGGUAUCAUAAUUUGAAAUUUUCCUCUCACAAAAACACCUCUCACUGGGCACAGACAUCAAUUCAACGUCUAUUCCACGUUGGUUCGACGUGAUCUCAUUUAAAUGACGUGGAAACAACGUUGAUUCGACCUGUGUGUGCCCAGUGGACUGCUCUGUGAGCUAACGCACUGUAUGUGAAAUUAUAAUCUGCAGCACGGUUUAUGAUGUAAAAAAAAAAAACAUUUGAUGAAUUGAUUGAUUGAUUCAUUCCUCCCCUCCAGCCAACCCACCUUGCCAACUUCACCCAGGUGCAGACCAUUGGGUACUCCGUCAUGGAGGACAAGGAGAGGAAGGGCAUGCUGCAGCUCAACGUGGCCGGUGCUGCUGAGGUACCAAUCAACCCUGGUUGUGUCACAGAUGGCACCUUAUUCUUUAUAUAUGUAAGGAAUAGAGUACCAUAAGGAUGCACACAUAUCAUCAUAUCCCUUACCAUGAGGUUGACUUCAUCAACAUGACUCGACGUGUUUAAAAGGUGCAAAAACUUUUGUAAAUACUGCUCAUUUCACCCAUUAGAAAAUCACAUAUUUUCAGCCUGUUCCCCCCCACAUUUAGCUGAGCAGUGGACAUAAGUGUGCCAUUUCCAAAUGGUUCCACAUAGAGGUCUUCUUGUUGGGGAUGACUUUUACUGUAACAUACAUUCAUCCACUCGGGGCUCCGCCCUGUAUGAAUGGACCCUUUCAUUUGUGUUACUAGAGGAUGAUUAUAGUAUUGGGUUACUACUCUGUCUGUCAGCCAUAGAGGAUGAUUAUAGUAUUGGGUUACUACUCUGUCUGUCAGCCAUAGAGGAUGAUUAUAGUAUUGGGUUACUACUCUGUCUGUCAGCCAUAGAGGAUGAUUAUAGUAUUUGGUUACUACUCUGUCUGUCAGCCAUAGAGGAUGAUUAUAGUAUUGGGUUACUACUCUGUCUGUCAGCCAUAGAGGAUGAUUAUAGUAUUGGGUUACUACUCUGUCUGUCAGCCAUAGAGGAUGAUUAUAGUAUUGGGUUACUACUCUGUCUGUCAGCCAUAGAGGAUGAUUAUAGUAUUGGGUUACUACUCUGUCUGUCAGCCAUAGAGGAUGAUUAUAGUAUUGGGUUACUACUCUGUCUGUCAGCCAUAGAGGAUGAUUAUAGUAUUGGGUUACUACUCUGUCUGUCAGCCAUAGAGGAUGAUUAUAGUAUUGGGUUACUACUCUGUCUGUCAGCCAUAGAGGAUGAUUAUAGUAUUGGGUUACUACUCUGUCUGUCAGCCAUAGAGGAUGAUUAUAGUAUUGGGUUACUACUCUGUCUGUCAGCCAUAGAGGAUGAUUAUAGUAUUGGGUUACUACUCUGUCUGUCUGUCAGCCAUAGAGGAUGAUUAUAGUAUUGGGUUACUACUCUGUCUGUCAGCCAUAGAGGAUGAUUAUAGUAUUGUGUUACUACUCCGUCUGUCAGCCAUAGAGGAUGAUUAUAGUAUUGGGUUACUACUCUGUCUGUCAGCCUUAGAGGAUGAUUAUAGUAUUGGGUUACUACUCCGUCUGUCAGCCAUAGAGGAUGAUUAUAGUAUUGGGUUACUACUCUGUCUGUCAGCCAUAGAGGAUGAUUAUAGUAUUGGGUUACUACUCUGUCUGUCAGCCAUAGAGGAUGAUUAUACUAUUGGGUUACUACUCUGUCUGUCAGCCACAGAGGAUGAUUAUACUAUUGGGUUACUACUCUGUCUGUCAGCCAUAGAGGAUGAUUAUAGUAUUGGGUUACUACUCUGUCUGUCAGCCAUAGAGGAUGAUUAUAGUAUUGGGUUACUACUCUGUCUGUCAGCCAUAGAGGAUGAUUAUAGUAUUGGGUUACUACUCUGUCUGUCAGCCAUAGAGGAUGACACAGUUGAUGUGUGAUGGGAGGGGCAGCUGGCAGCCCCAGUCAGAGCAGAACAGUUGUAACAGCCCUGUCCCUCUGCCCGUGCUGCUAAUAAUGACUAUUUGUGGGCUGCUGCUCUGUGUCCACAGCCUCUCACAGUGACCACGCCGUCACUCACCACAGCUGAAAACAUGGCCGACCUCAUAGACGGCUACUGUCGCCUGGUCAACGGAGCCACCCAGUCCUUCAUCAUACGGCCACAGAAAGGUACGUCUUCCUCACACACACACACACACACACACUGUCUCAAAAACAUACCAGGAGGUACCAGUGUGUGUUCAUUUUACUAGAUGGUUUUUAAGAUUGUGUUGCUAGUGGGACACUGACAGUUGCACUCUGCCUUCGACACACACACACACACACACACACACACACACACACACACAAAUAUAUACAGUUUGAGUUCGUAUGGGGGCUGCUUACCUGCUUAUGGUGUUGACGAUUGUGUUGUGGCAGUCACAGAUGUCCCACACACCGUCUCAAAAAGAUACUACUACUAAGAAUUAUUACUGUAGUUGAAGUUUGUUUGGGUUUGAGUGUUAACAUUACUAGGUUUUCAAGAUUGCGUUGCUCCAGUGAUGGUCACAGAUUCACUCUGCCUUGUGUGAUGUUCUCAUUUCAGUCUAAAUGGACUGCAUUGUAUUAGGUCAUCUCCAAACAUUAGGCAAUCGCCGCAACAGUAGACUGUAGUGUUAUUUUUUAACUCUUCCCGUUUUCUAAGGUUUCCAGUUGUAGUUUGAUUUGGAAAUACACUCAUACAGAAUUGUUUUGUUGUGGUCAUGACUUCCCCGAUGCCUUUAUUACACAUUGAUAGUAGUUGUAGGUGAAUUCACUGUCAAUACUCAAUGCCUUUAUCAGUCUGAUAGAGAUCUGGUUUAUUUUCAACAAAAAACACCUUAGUCUUUGCUUGAAGCAGAUAUGUUGUUGUUGUUGUUUUUUGGGGGGGGGGGGGGGGGGGGGGGGGGGGGGGGGGGGGUGUUAAGCCUUGUUUGGAGUUGGACUGUCUGCUCUUUCUUUUGUGGGAGUAGAGGGGAGUAGGGGAACACUUGAAACAGGCUAUUCCUCUCCUGUGCUUGUGAUUCCCCCCCCCCCCCCCACCCACCAAAAAACAAAAAACAAAACAAACAAAAAAAAAAAAAACAAAAAAAAAAAAAAAAAACAAACAAAACAACAAAAACAAAAACAAAAACCAAAAAAAACAACAAAACAAACCAAAAAACCACACCCACAACCACACCAACCACAACCCCCACCCACAACCUAACCCAAUAACACAAACCAAAAACAAAACAGUACAUACAGGACAAUGCUACCAACCAACCCCAUCUGUUUUUCUUUUGACUCAAUGUAACAGCGAUGUUCGGACGCUGCUGACAAUCUCCUCUAUCACAAGGGAGGCACAUGCCCAAUCCCCACAGAUAAACACAACAUCAGGGUCUACUGUAUGGUACGGGUAUAUUUUGAAUGUUCAUUCACAUAAAAACCUAUAUGAUAGUGUAAACAUAAAGAACUGUGUAAGAAAGAAAGAAACAAACAAGAAACCAUCUGGUCAGUAAAUCUAUUUGUAGGACUCCUAGCGUCAGCUCUGUUGCCGGUAAUAGGCUACGGCAGCGGUCGGCAAACCUUUUCCAUUUGGAGUACAAAGUUAUCGUACCAUUUCUACUGAUCUACGUGCCAGUUUUGAUUUCCAUAUGCACAUUUCCGAGGAACAGUUUCAUUUAAUUUAUAAUAGUCUUCAUAUCUCAAAAUCAAUGUCAUGUGGUUAAUCAAAAUUCUAUCUUAAAUGAAAAUGAUACAAAUCUAAAAGUAACUUCUAUUGCCAUUGCCAAUAUGUAAAAGUAGCCUACAUAAAGCAAACAUAUAAAAACAUUGCAGCCUGCAGGUAGAAAAUAUCCUGAUAAAAAUAAAUAUCCUAUAAAUCACAUUGGCUACGCAUGGCCUGUCUGCAAGGAACUUGAAACAUUCUAUCAACUAUUAACUUGGUCAGGCCAAAGCUUGUACUAGCAAACUUGCAACAUUGGAGAGAGCUGGAAAUAUUUUUCAAAUAGGCUACAUUGAGGAGCUAUUGUCAUUCUCAAUUGAUGUAAAAACAGACUUUGUUUACUUUCAGUUUGAGGCGAAGAAAAAAUUACUUUGAGAAGCUACACAAUGAUGGUGAGUUAAGACAAUCAGAAAUAGUAUCAGAUCCCCGAGUUAAGACAAUCAGAAAUAGUAUCAGAUCCCCAAAUGGGCACAUUUAUAGGCCUACAUUUGCGCAGAGGCCAGGUAGCCCAGGCCUACUUCUAUGCGUAAUCAGGUGCGUGUCCUUACUCAAGAUUGACAGAAGCGCUCCAAACAAAAGACAAUGAAUAAAUUGACAACUCGUAAAUGGAAUGAAAUAAACCAAAACUUUUUCCUCACAAGUGUAGCAUAGGUUGUGCACUCUGCAAACAACGUGCCCACUCCUACAAUGACAACGGUAAGACUGUAAUAAUAAUAUAUUGAAUGCAUUACAGUAACCAAACAAACAUUGUAGAAUAAAAAUUAUGGUAAUUAACGGUAAAUGUACUACUGGGUGAUACUGGUCUGCCAUCCCCGCGUACUCUGCAAUGGAUUACUCCACUCAGACAGGCGUGAAUAAAUUAUUUGUAUAUAUUUGCCACUGCUCGAUUUAAAAAAAUCUCGGUCGACCAGCCUAUCGACCAAACAAUCAGUCGACUAAAUGGGGUCAACCCUAUUUCAGCUAGAGCUAGAGGGGUGUUUUCCACAAUCACACCUUUUCUCUCUCUCUCGAGGUUAGAGAGAGAGAGAGAGAGAGGCUAGAGAGAGAACAGAGAACGAGAGGGGGAUGAGAGAAGACAAAAGAUGGGAGUACUAGCUCCUCUCUCCUCUUCUCUCUCUCUCUCUCUCUCUCUCUCUCUCUCUCUCUCUCUCCUCCCUCUCCCUCUCUGCUCUUUGGCUCUCUGGGCUUUGGUCAAAUAAGGAUAAACGUUAUGGAGCCAAAUAUUUUCCACUUAGUGUUUUCAAACACUUGUAAAGGCUCUCUCUCUCGCUCUCUCUCUACAUCUCUCUCUCUCUCUCUCUCUCUCUCUCUCUCUCUCUCUCUCUCUCUACAUGCCUUGCUCUCUCUCUCUUUAGCUCAAAUAACAAACUCUUCUAAAAAGCUGUUUAAACAGUUCUGGGGUAGAAUCCUGAUAAAUAGUUCUCUACAGUAGGAUCUUCUCAGAAUUCCUCCUCCCUAGUCCCCAUAUUGGUCCUGCACCUCAACACUAGAUCCUUCCAAGGCUGUUCAGUGGCUCCAGGAGGAGAAUGGUUCUCAGAAUAUUGUGGAUGUUUUCCAUUUAGCCCCAGAGAUCGUUUUCAGGAAUGCACUUGAACCUCCUGGAGUUGCUGUGGACGCUGUUGAUUUACUAACUGGUUUUAGGUUUGGGAAUUUCCCUUGUUGAUCCACUCGGUCUCUGCCCUUUACCCUGCAGGGUACCCAACAAUGAGAAGAAGGUAGUAGAGGGGGUGGUCCGGAGCGCCGGGGUGCGUGCCAUCUCUGUCUCAGGUAAGAGAUCAGUGCCUCAUCAAUAUCUCUGACUGUCUUAUUGUACUGUACAUAGCUGGGCUAUUGAUGGAAGUCCAUAUAUGGGUGGCUGUUGGAGCGAAGAUGACCACGCUUUUAUCAGAUAAUCACUCUCAAGCUGAUCCCAGAUGCUUCCGUCCAUUGAUCUGUAAAACCACUGGAUAUUAGUAAGUAUUAGAUAUCUAAUGCUCAACCUAAUAUUGCAUGAACGCCCUUACUUGGAUGUUUGUGGGUAUUAAUAUGGUUGGCUAUACUUCCAGGAUUACAAGCUAGCUAGAUGGUUACCGUGGAGGUUUCCCAGACGAUCUGAUGUUGUCACUCAGAUCAUAAAAGUGCCUCUUAUUUUUAUUCAGUUGAGGCAACGAUUUAGCAGCGGCAGUGCGCCUUUGAAUUGCACGAGGCACAUCUAUCACACUGGAACGUAACACUGCAGCCUUAACAUGCUUGUGGAUUAGCAACUGGCAGGAGGAGUCACUGCUAAGGAGAUGGGGAGGACGGGAGGGGAUUGGCAGGGUGAGGAGGGUAUGAGGGGGCCAGCAGGUGCCAAGGCCUGCAGCUGGAGAUGCCCAUGCAAACACAACCCCCCCCCCCCCUCCUCGACGAAGAUGCACACACAUUUUUUUCUCGAGGCAAGCCGAAGUCUACGGCCCUUCGUCGGUCAUUGGUCAACAGUAGGGAUUCUUCAAUGAAGUGUUUGUUGUCUUUCAACGAUAGACGACUCGUUUUCAUGCACAUUUUGUUCACUUGAACAAAUACUGCUGUAAAAUUGUGCGACUAAGAUCUCCUCUGCAAAAAGUGCAAAAUAAUGACAGAUUUCUUGAGUUAUCUUCGAUUAGUUUUGACUAUUUUGGGGAAGGGUAUACUGGCUAAGGCGUCUCAAGAUGGACAAACAGUACUAUUGCCGCUUUUUCUGGUUUUUCAAACAAAGGCAGUAUGCGAGACAUUUGUUGGGUUCACGUAGCUGAACUCGGCUAGGCGCCAGCCCAACCAAAGCAUGUUGAUGCCUUUAGACUCAGGAGCAGUUGGGUCCACGCUUUAGCUUCACUUACGUAUCAUUAGCAUCAGACAAGGAGAAUGACUGUCUUGUCCAUUGUGUUUCACAGCUCUCCUCUCUCACUCUGUCUCUCUCUCUGUCUCGCUCUCCCCUCUGGGACGGUUGACGGGGAAAGAGCGACCCAGAGCCAAGGAACGGGCGAGGGGAGAGCAGAAAAGAGAGAGAGAAAAGAGGAGGAGAAAAGAGAAAAGCGAGAAGAGAAAGAAGAGAGGCAAGAGAGAAGCCAGAAGCGAGCCAAACGCAUGGGCGAUAGAAAAAAGCGAUCAGACGAAAAGAGAGAGAAAUAGCCCACAGAGACAGAGAGAGAAACCGCGCGGAAAAAAUCGCUCAUACCCUCUUCUCUCGCCUCGCUAGUCUCCGCAGCUCUACUAUCUCUCUCUCUCUCUCUCUCUCUCUACAUCUCUCUCUCUCUCCCUUCCUCCCUACAUCCUUUUGCCUCCCUCUCUCUUCCCCAGUCUAUUUCUCUUAAUCUUCUAAAUGUCAGAGGCCUGUGAUGUGGCUGGUGAAUGUUAAUAGCCUGGGGGGCUGCAGUUACAGAUAAAGGCCUGAUUGAAGGGGUUGGACAGGCCCUGUUAACUGACCAGGGGUCAGAGAUUAGGGGAGUAGAGAGUCAGACAGUAUGGUAUCAAAGAGAUGCUUGUGUUCUAUGCUGCUGAGAGCUUGUCUCUGAGGUUGGGAGGGUCAGAGGGUGUCAUAGGGUGAUAUUAAGUGUCGUAGGGUAUCUUAGGGUGCGUCAGCUCUCUUGUAGCUACACAGUGAUGUAAAGGUUGAGGAGUGUAGUACUCACAGAUAGUAUAUUCCAGAUAGAUGGUUAAGAGUUUACUGAUUUGUUUUAAACAAUAUGGUUUGAUGAUUUUUUAGCAUAUGCCCACAGUAGGCCUAUCUAUAUAAACACUUCUUUAAAUGCAGUUUUUGAAACAAACUAUGGGAUAAGUCUCCUCUCUACCACUGUCAGUAAUUAAUAGUCAUACUGGUUGUUUCAGUUGCACUGUCAGACUGGAUGCUAUUUCAUAGUGGGUUGAAAAAAAUAUGUUUUGGGAGUUUUUACAAUUUAUUCAGACAGUGAGGAAGAUCGUAAGGGGAGACAGCCAAGUGGGAGAAACAGUGAGAAAGGUGGACGCGGGAAUCGAACCCCAGUCUCCGGUGGGGAGUUGUAUAUGUGACUUAUGCUGAGAAGUGUUACCACCACACUACAGCUCUGCACUUGAUAGUGGACAUUUUGCCACAUAUCAAAAACACUGAGGUUAAACGGAGUGUUAAUGGAGUGUGUUCUGAGACGGUCUGAGUUCCAUGUUUACACCAGUUCUUGAUACCAUCCAUCAAUGCUAUUACUCAGAAAGGGCUCAGAGAGAAAAGCCCUAAAAAAAAAGCUAAAGCAUAAAUCCAAUAUAUUUAACUGAAUUCAUUCGAUAUUGUGUCAGUGUACAGUCAUAUCCAAGACCUUUUGAAGAAGUGGAAAUCAAUUCCUUAGCCCCGGUGUAGAAUAGUGAAGGAUUUAUUACUAUGCUGUCAGAAAUGACGUAUUUAAAGUGAGGCUAGCGCUGCCAUGUCGGUUUUGACUACCCUGUUGGUCGGUAUAAGAAAGGAGAGAUUGAUUAAUAUUUUUAUUAUUGACGUAUUUCAUGUAGUUUCAUAACAGGCAUGCCAGAGUGAUAAUGAUUUCUGAGGUGUAAAUGGAAAUUUAAAAUGUUCUCUGGAAUAUGGGAAAAGUUUCGGACUCCGUCACACCAACAUUCAUCACUCCUUCACAAAUGCUGUCUGCUGCUCAAUGUGUGUUCUGUGGUGAAGUUGCCCCUAGACACUGAUCUGGGGUCAGUUUAGCAUUUUCCCCACUAAUGGUUAAGGUUAGGAUUGACAGAGGGGAAGCUGAUCCUAAAUGUGUACCUGGGGGAAACACCCCAGAGCUUUUUUUGUCAGAAGCACUAUUCAUCUCUUCUUCUCACCAUCUCUCCCGCUCUCUCAUCCCUCUCUCUGAUUGGCUGAAGACUCUGUCAACUCUGUGAUCCCAACACCUCCUAAACCUGCUAAAGCCAGGCGCUUUCUCCUUCCUUUUGUCUACUGUGCACAUGACUCUUCGUCAAAGGGUACCACUGCUCUGAUUGGCUGACUAGACUGACCCUGCUUCCUGUUUUUCUCUGACUAACCAUGUCUGCCACACUGAGUGCCCAAAUCCCCAACGCACACACACACACACACACACACACACACACAAACAAACACACAGGGCCACGUAACAAGUGUGUAGGGGAUUGAGGUGAAGUGUGGAGAUGUCAAUAGAAAGUUCUGUUGAGAAACCCUCUCUAAAAAUGCCUGACAAAGCAACAGCUACAAUGGCCGAACAGAACUAGCCUGCCGGGAAAAAAGGAAUAUCUCCUCAAUGAGAUUAAACACAUCUCAUCGCUCAUGCCCUAUCCCUGUCGUGUCUUAGAAUAAAACACCUUUAAACCGAUCCAGCUUUCCAAGACUGCAAGAUCAAAUUAAUUACACAUUUAAUUUUUUCCCGGGAAGGUGUGUCGCCUGCUGAUUGUAGUCGAGUCACGGCCCGCAAAACCAAUAGAGGCUGAGUCCCAAAUGACACCCUAUUGCCUUAUGGGCCAUGGUCAAAAGUAGUGCACUAUAAAGGGAAUAAGGUGCUAUCCCCAUUUGGGAUGCACCAGAGCCUGACUGGGCUGUUACUGGGCUGAUGGUGCAGGACUGCUGUAAGGCCACGUCAGCAACCAGGCAGAUGACCUAUAGCUUCUGAGAGGUUAAAGAUGAAACACCCUUUAAUAGCUUUCUGACUUAAUAACCAUCUGUUUAUAUUGCUAUAAUCACACAGAUGUAGAUAUCCUAUAUAUCGCUAUAAAUUCAGCUGGAUUUUGCCAGCUGAGUUUAUGCCCUCAAGGAUGUGUAAAAACAAAAAUAAUCUAACUACAAAGUUAACCAACACCAGAGAGGAAGAUGCGAAGCAAGAGGGUUUACUCCGCUCAAAAUCUGUACACAAAAAUAAGCCCUCGAAGUGAGGAAUUCUUGUAUGGAGGUCAAUGAGAAAGUUUCGAAUUUGGUCAACAAAAAACGUAAUUGCUAAUUUGCUACGUGGGGCUUAUUUGAUCAAAUAUACGUUUCGUAAUGGUUAGGUUGUUACGAAUGCACUGAUGUAAGUGGACGCACCUGGUAUUUCGGCAACUUUGAAAAAAUCAACUUUUAUAUUGGAGUUGUGCCUGUUGUUCACACACGUAUCUGCCCACUCAAUGGCUAGAACGGUCCCACCUGAUCUCGCCUCUUCCCAUGCUAAGAAUAGCCAGGUGAUAGCCAAUUAACUCCACCGACCCCGCUCCGAACAAUGCUGGCUGGAGUUCACUGCUCUGGCCGUCCCUUCAACCAAACUCAAUCAGGUUCCACACAUUCCAACGACAGACUAACUCAAUUUAAAGUAGAAGCUUUCCCACUGAUACUAAAUAAAAGCAUGGAUUGGAUACACUGUUGAAAUGCCCAGUCACUGCUUGUCUUGAGGGAAGGUGUCACGGUAACAAUUAUUAAACUCAUUUUGAAUGAAUAUACCUUGUCUUUUAUACUUUUCCAUAUAAUUGGUUGAAAAAUUGUGGGAUAAAGGAUAAGGAGAGAGAGAGGAAGAGAGAACGAGAAGGAAAGAGGAGUAGAGAAGAGAGAGAGAGAGAAGAGAGAAAAAAAAAGAGGAGAGAAGAGAGAGAGAAGAGGAGAGAAAACAAGAGAGAGAGGCAAAGAGAGAGAGAGAGAGAGAGGGAGAGAGAGAGAGAAAAAAAAGGUAGGAGAGAAGAGAGAAGGAGAGAGAGAGAAAGAGAGAGAGCAGAGAGAGAGAGAGAGAGAGAGAGAGAGGGAGAGAGAGAGAGAGAGAGACGAGAGGAGAGAGAGAGAGAGAGAGAGAGAGAGAGCGAGAGAGGAGAGAGAGGGGAGAGAAACGAGAGAGAGAGAGAGGGAAGACUAAACAGAUAGAAAAAGAGAGAGAGAGAAAGAAAAAAGAGCAGAGAGCAGAGACGCUAGAAGAGAGAAACAGAGCGAGGUCGAUCUACUAUACGCAGAAGGCGUAGAGAUAAAAAAUGUAUAGAUUACUAUCUUCUCUAAGAGCGCUCUAUCACUCUCUCUCUCUCUCUCUCCUUCUCUCUCUAUCUCUCUAUCUCUCUCUCUCUCUUCUCUCUUCUUCCUCUCUCCCCUUUCUUUCUCUCUCUCCCUCAUUCUCUCUGUUUUGCAUGCUCUCCUUGGACCUGCAGAGGAUUGUAGUGGGGAUGGUAAUGUUUGGCUUCUUUUAAUAUUUCCCUCCAUUCCUUCCUGUCACCUGCUACUAACUCACUGGGGCCAUGAGGGAUUCUGGGGGUUUGUGUUGUGUUGUGUGUAUGACUCUACUGUAUGUUCCCUAUGAUGACUCAUGAAUCAUAUCAAUCACAUGAAUCAUGAAUCAAAUUAAAUGAAUCUGUUGUUAUCUAUCUGCUUCUAGAGGUUUGUCAUUGGUAAUGCACUAAUCAUGCAAUAGACGUGAUUGGAGUUAGGGAAUCAAUGUAACUUUUAACGUCUCUAGAAAAUGUGCUGAAAAUUGUGCUGAAAUCUGUCCGAGGUGCAGUGCUGCCAUGUGAUUCGAAUCGAUUGAGUUUGAGCCUGUCUACAGUGCCAAAUUGGCGGGGUUUGAACUUUUGGGACUAUUCCAUUGGUUCCAUGGUGCCAGACAAGCCUAAUCAAUCACAGAUUAAAGUAUUUGAAAGAAAACAAAUGCUAGGCUGUUUGAACCCAGGUUUGUUCAGUUUUUCUGUCCUAAAAUCUGAACCGGUAUUCACAAAGAGUCUCAGAUUAGGCAUGCUGAUCUAGGAUCAGUUUUUCAUUUUUUAUCACAAUGAAUAAGAUUAGAUAGACAAUGGGGGAACAUGAUCCUAGAUCAGCACUCCUGCUCUCUGCCUGCGUCUUUAAGGGCCCAGCUCCAAGCCCUCUCCCAGCUCGGCCCCGUGAAGAGAGCUGAGUUUGGCUGGAAGAGCAGAGCUCCGUGGCACUGCUUUCCUUCCUGUCUAAAAUGGGCCGCCUGGCGGCUGGCUAAACACUACACGAUCUGGUGUUCUCCCUUCCCUAAGAGGAACAGUAGCCAAGACGGCACAGCUAGCGAAUGACCAUUUUCGAUCAAGUCAAGAUUGGACAGCCAGAGGCCGUUCACAUACUGUAAACACCUAAGUCUGUUUAUCUAGGGGAUGGGGGAUGGCAGGGAGCUCGGCCUAGUGAUGGACUGGACCGUGCACACUACUCUCUGUAGAGCUCUUCUCUCUCUUUCUCUCUCGUGAAGAGAAAGGGAAUAACUGGUUCCAUCCCCCCCCUCCGUCUCCACGUCCCCUCUCCUCCCCUCUUCUUCACCCCUAACCCAGAAGCCCAGCUGUACUGCUGAGUUCUGAUUGGCUAGACAGACAGACAGAGCAGACAGAUAUGCGGCUGAAACUGUGAGAGUUUCGAGCGCAAAUGCUUGUGUUUCUGUGUGUGUUUACUGUACGAGGCCGAGUGUGUGCGUGUACGAGAGAACGCGUGUGUCUCGCUCUGUGUCCGGCAGUGUGGGAAUUUGCCGAGGAGCACUUGCUAUGUGACUCGCAUAUUUAUUUUCAGCUGGCUGUAGUUACUUGUGUGAAAGGGGGUAUGUGUCUGGCUAGCUUUAUCUGUGUGUAUCCGUCUCUGGAGGUGGUGUGUGUGUGUGACUGGACUGACCACGAGGCUGUUGUGUUUCUGCAGAGACAGACGAUUAUGCUGAGAUUAUAGACGAAGAGGAAACCUACACCAUGCCCUCAAGUAAGUACAGCUCCAUGCUCCCUGGUAUUGUAGUACAGUAUGUUAAUGUUAAUGUCUGUUGUCCAGACUGUCUCAAGGGAUCCAGUCCAGAUGUGUUUUCUCUAAUUCUCUUUCACGUUCUCUCUCUUGGUCUCUAUCUUCUCUUUCUAUCUGUCUCUCUAUCUCUCUCAUUCUUUUUCUCUCUCUCUCUCUCGUUCUUUCUAUCUCUCGUUCUUUCUCUAUCUCUCGUUCUGUCUCUCUCUCUCGUUCUGUCUCUCUCUCGUUCUCUCUCUCUCGUUCUGUCUCUCUCGUUCUGUCUCUCUCUCUCGUUCUGUCUCUCUCUCUCUCGUUCUGUCUCUCUCUCGUUCUCUCUAUCUUGGUCUCUUUCCUCUUUCUCUUCUUCUUUCUGUCUGUCUCUCUCUUUCUCACUCUUCGUCCUUCUCUCUCUAUCCAAAUUCCCUUGAACGUGGCCCCGGUACUGAUUUGUGAACUAUUUUCUCCCCCUAAGGCUCUGUGGAUUUGUUGAUGCGGCUGCUGGAGCCUGUAGAGUCCACCAAAUACCAGACACACUGCCUGUGUGUGUCUUUUCUAGGAAACGUAACUACUCUAACAGUCAGAUUGUCUGGUACACUCAAUGUUUGGUUGUCAUGGUGACAGUGUAAGACUCUACACAUACUGUAACAUCUAUGCUUUAAAAUGUGGGAAACAGGUUAGUCACAUAUUCAUAUUGAUGGUCUGCCUAUGAUCCUUGCCUCACUUAAUACUGCUGUCAUGAUGCUGUCCAAAUCAGAUACUGAUUCUGUUCCAUUAUGAUUUACUGAUAGUUUAAGAAAAUAUCCAGGGAAAGCCUAGUAGUACAUCAUCAGCAAAAACCUAAUAUCUGUCACAAAUGUUGAUUAUUAUUAAAUUGAAUAGUCAUGUCAUUGAGUAGUCCUCAUUCAGGACUAAAUAUGACAGGUGCCCUUUAAGUGUACUGCAGUGAAAGAAUGAGUUAGUCAUAGAAUUAGAAUCACUAGAAUUAGUUAGUCAUAGAAUUAGGACCAUUAAAAUGAGUUACAGUCAUAGAAUUAGAAUCACUAGAAUGAACAUAGCCCCUCAGACCAUUGUACACCCAUAGCCGCCAGUACACCCGCCACGGAACAUUGACUUCAAUGGGAAUGUCUGUUCUAAUAAUUGGAAUUAUAUGUCUCCAGUAACCCCAGGGUCCGUAGUGACCAUGAUACUGAGUCUCCAGUAACCCCAGGUCCUUAGUGACCCAUGAUGCUGAGUUCCAGUAAACCCCAGGUCCUAGUGACCAUGAUGUGGGUCUACAGUAACCCCAGGUCCUUAGUGACCAAUGAUGCUGAGUCUCCAGUAACCCCAGGUCCUUAGUGACCAUGAUGCUGAGUCUCCAGUAACCCCAGGUCCUGUAGUGACCAUGAUACUGAGUCUCCAGUAACCCCAGGUCCUUAGUGACCAUGAUGCUGAGUCUCCAGUAACCCAGGUCCUUAGUGACCAUGAUGUGAGUCUCCAGUAACCCCAGGUCCUUAGUGACCAUGAUGCUGGGUAUCCCGUAACCCCCAGGUCCUUAGUGACCAUGAUGCUGAGUCUCAGUAACCCCAGGUCCUUAGUGACCAAUGAUGCUGAGUCUCCAGUAACCCCAGGUCCGUAGGACCAUGAUGCGGGGGUUUCCCGUAACCCCAGGUCCUUAGUGACAUGAUGCUGAGGGCCCAGUAACCCCAGGUCUUAGUGACCAUGAUAAUGAGUCUCCCUAACCCAGGUCCGUAGUGACCAUGAUGCGAGGUCUCCAAGUAAACCCAGGAAUUAGUGACCCUGAUGCUGAGUCUCCAGUUUAACCCAGGUCCUUAGUGACCAUGAUUUCUGAGUCUCCAGUAACCCAGGUCCGUUUGUGACCAUGAUACUGAGUCUCAGUAACCCCAGGUCCGUAGUGGGCCAUGAUGCUGGGUCUCCAGUAACCCCCGGUCCGUUUCUGACCAUGAUACUGAGUUCCAGUAACCCCAGGUCCUUUGUGACCAUGUACUGAGUCUCCAGUAACCCCAGGUCCUUAGUGACCAUGAUGCGAGUCUCCAGUAACCCAGGUCCUUAGUGACCAUGAUGCUGAGUCUCCAGUAACCCAGGUCCUUAGUGCCAUGAUGCUGAGUCUCCAGUAACCCCAGGUCCGUAGUGGACCAUGAUACUGAGUCUCCAGUAACCCCAGGACCUUAGUGACCAUGAUGCUGAGUCUCCAGUAACCCCAGGUCCUUAGUGACCAUGAUACUGAGUCUCCAGUAACCCCAGGUCCUUAGUGACCAUGAUACUGAGUCUCCAGUAACCCCAGGUCCUUAGUGACCAUGAUGCUGAGUCUCCAGUAACCCCAGGUCCUUAGUGACCAUGAUGCUGAGUCUCCAGUAACCCCAGGUCCUUAGUGACCAUGAUACUGAGUCUCCAGUAACCCCAGGUCCUUAGUGACCAUGAUGCUGAGUCUCCAGUAGCACCAUGAUACUUAGUCUCGUGGGAUCACAUGAGGCAUGAACACAAUAGCCCCUGCAGCGGUGUAGUCUGCCUCCCAAAUGGCACGCUAUUCCCUACAUAGUGCACUUAUUUUGACCAGAGCCCAUUGGCCCUGGUCAAAAGUAGUGCAUUAUAUUGGGAAUAGGGUGCCAUUUGGGACGUGUAGCUGAUUCACCAGGCUGUGGAGUGGACUGGGCCAGCUGACUCAUAAGACUGUCUGGUCUGUGAAAGAAAGAAAGAGUUCCUCUGUAACAAGGAGCUCUGUGUAUGAAGACUGAGUGUGCCAUCGCACACUUACACUGGAGACCAGAGCUCUCUCCAUUCAAAAAAGUAAUCUAUCCAGCAUAUAUACGUUUCUUUGUACCACAUGGGGAUUUGAGACCAAGGAUAAUGCAGAGUCCCAAAUGGCACCCUAUUUCCUGUUUAGUGCACUACUUAUGACUAGGGCCCAUAGGGAAUAGUAGUUAGAAUAGGGUGCCAUCUGAGACACAGCCUAAAUAACACAUAGAUUUAUAGAGGAUCAAGUGUUGCGAUACUAAAGCUUCAACACGUGUAAGGAGACAUCUAAUGUAACAUAUUGUUGUUAGACAGGCUAACCUGUUUUUCCCCAUUGACACCCAGCUCUGUGCACCAUCUGUCUCAGAAGGUGGUUCUUUAAACCCCAUAACUUCUAUUCCCCUUGGUCCUACUUUCUUCUCUGUGUGUGUCUCCUGGUCUGUGGUGAAUGGUUUCUAAAAGCCACCUCUCUUUAUCCUAACCGCCCAGCAGUGAGCUAUGGAGUAGACGAAGGUAACACUGUCUGUCUGUCUCUCUGUCUCUCUCUCUCGCUUCUCUCUCUCUCUCUCUCUCUCUCUCUCUCUCUCUCUCUCUCCUCUAUCUCUCUCUCUCUCUAUCUCUCUUCUCUCUCUCUCUUCCUCUCUCUCUCUCUCUCUCUCUCUCUCUGUUGUCCAUCAUGGUUGUGAUUGUGGUUAUGUACUGUACUAGAACGGCUCAUUCAACUCUGCUACUGGAAAAUAGGUUUAAAUCAAUUAAUUACAUUCUCUCCAAAAUCAAAGUUUGACAGACUUUUCAGAUCCAGCCAUAUGCCUCGAUCCCAAAUGAAUUUGAAAGAUAGGAAUUGUUUAAUUUCAUCAGCUUAGACGGUAUCCAUCUUUCGCAUUCCAUUUAAACCCCUGAAAAACGUUGAAUUUGAAGUGAACUAUUGCUUUAGUACUGUUUGCUUAACCCAAGUAGCCUAUCUCUCUAGCCGUGAGAUGAAGCAAUCUCACCCAAUCAGCACCAGAGGUGAAUGUGUCUUCAAUAGUGUGAUUGUUCAAUUGACUUAUUUAUUUAUUAUUCAUGUUCUUGAUGUGUUUCUUCAUUGGUUUUCCUUUAAUUGCUUUAACUUUUUGUUGUGAAAUUCCAUUUAUCAUCCAUUCGUUUUGUUUGUUAUGUGUCUGUCUGGGGAGAAAAUGUGCAAUUAUCUUAACUGAAACGGAUACAUCAAACCAGUGGUAGCCUGUUGUAAUUUGAAAUACGCAGGGAGGAGCAAAUAUAUUGAGUGCUACAUACAUGUGUGUUGACAUCACUACAGCCUGGUCAUUUUCUGUUGCAGUGUGUAUGUCAUUGCCUGGUGUUGUGUGUGAAUGGCCUUAUACAGAUACACUAUAUAUACAAAAGUAUGUGGACACCACUUCAAAUUCGGCUAUUUCAGCCACACCCGUUGCUGCAGGUGUAUAAAAUCGAGCACACAGCCAUGCAAUCUCCAUAGACAAACAUUGGAAGUAGAAUGGCUUUACUGAAGAGCUCAGUGACUUUCAACGUGGCACCGUCAAGUCAGUUCGUAAAAUGCCUGCCCUGCUAGAGUUGCACUGUUCAACUGUAAGUGCUGUUAUUGUGAAGUGGAAACGUUUAUGAGUAACAAAGGCUCAGCCGCGAAGUGGUAGGCCACACAAGCUUACAGAACAGGACCGCCGAGUGCUGAAGCGACACUCACUACCAAGUUCCAAACUGCCUCUGGAAGCAAUGUCAGCACAAUAACUGUUCGUCAGGAGCUUCAUGAAAUGGGUUUCCAUGGCCGAGCAGCCGCACACAAGCCUAAGAUCACCAUGGGCGAUGCAAAGCGUCAGCUGGAGUGGUGUAAAGCUCGCCGCCAUUGGACUCUGGAGCGGUGAAAACGCAUUCUCUGGAGUGAUGAAUCACAUUUCAUCAUCCGGCAGUCCGACGGACAAAUACCUGCCCCAAUGCAUAUUGCCAACUGUAAAGUUUGGUGGAGGAGGAAUAAUGGUCUGGGGCUGUUUUUCAUGGUUUGGGCUAGGCCCCUUAGUUCCAGUGAAGGGAAAUCUUAACGUACAGCAUACAAUGACAUUCUAGACGAUUCUGUGCUUCCAACUUUGUGGCACCGUUUGGGGAAGGCCCUUUCCAGUUUCAGCAAGACAAUGCGAGGUCCAUACAGAAAUGGUUUGUCGAGAUCAGUGUGGAAGAACUUGACUGGCCUUCACAGAGCCCUGACCUCAACCCCAUCAAACACCUUUUUGGGAUGAAUUGGAACACCUACAGUGAGCCAGGCCUAAUCGCCCAACAUCAGUGCCCGACCUCACUAAUGCUCUUGUGGCAGAAUGGAAGCAAGUCCCCGCAGCAACGUUCCAACAUCUAGUGAAAAGCCUUCCCAGAAGAGUGGAGGCUGUUAUAGCAGCAAAGGGGGGACCAACUCCAUAUUAAUGCCCAUGAUUUUGGAAUGAGAUGUUCGACGAGCAGGUGUCCACAUACUUUUGGUAAUGUAGUUUAUGUACAGUACUACCGUCUACUGCAGUCAAAAUACAGCCAAGGCUUCUAGCUGUUAUUAUUAACAACCAAAAAUGGCCUCAUCAGCUCUUCCUUACUUGGGUUACCCAUCCAUUUGUGGCUUAGCUCACACACACACACAAACGCACGCACCCACACCACACCAUACCACACUGAACCACACCACACCGAACCACACAACACCACACCAUACCACACCACACAACUAACAGGGGUUAUCUUUCCCUCCCCAGCCAGGGACUAUGAGAUCCAGAGAGACAGGAUCGAGCUUGGACGCUGCAUCGGAGAGGGACAAUUUGGAGACGUCCACCAGGGAGUCUACAACAGCCCGGUAAAUAGUACAAGUAUAUAGUACUGUAACAAGUAUAUAGUAUUGUAUAAGUAUAUUGUACUGUAACAAGUAUAUAGUACUGUAGCAAGUAUAUAGUAUUGUAUAAGUAUAUAGUACUGUAACAAAGAAAUAGUACCGUAUCUGUCUUGCUAAAUGCAGACGAAGCAUCUCUCCUCUCACCCUCAAUCCCUACGUGUUCAUCUCAAUUCCACCCGACUGUUACUGUCUAGCUAAAUGCAUCUCUCUUCUCAUUUAUAUGUUCAAUAUUUUCAUGUACAUAAACUGACCCAAUGUUUUGUCUUAUGUCUGACUUCCAGGAGAAUCCCACUCUGAACGUGGCCAUUAAAACGUGCAAGAACUGCACAUCGGACAGCGUGCGCGAGAAGUUCCUUCAGGAAGCAUGUGAGUGUGCUGAAACGUGCUGUAAGCUGGUACUGUGUCACUGUGAUGGGCCUGAUAAUGACUGCGCACACACACACACACACACACACACUACCUGAUGGUAGUCUCAGGUUGCUUUACUCACUGGGUUUACAGUGUUCACCGACAGUUGAGGAAGGAAUGUGUUCUAUUUAAGGAAGCUGGUAACUGUAAACAUUGGCUUCGUUCCAAACGUCACUAUGUAGGGAAUAGGGUGCCAUUUAGCAUGCAGUGGUGUUUGAGCCUAUGUGUUAGACCUACCCCAGUUACUUUUUCUCUAUUCCUUUGAAAAACUCAAUCAAAUCUUAUUUUUUUAUUUAUUACAUUUUUUAGGGGGUAAUCAAAUGUUAGUCUACAGCUUUCCACUCUAGUGUUUCAACUGUUUGUUGAAAUCCUCACACCCCUUUGUGAUGUUUGUUCCUCAGUGACCAUGCGUCAGUUCGACCACCCCCACAUAGUGAAGCUGAUCGGUGUGAUCACAGAGAACCCGGUGUGGAUCAUCAUGGAGCUGUGCACGAUGGGAGAGGUGAGGCGUCCUGGGGGUUUGGUUGGCAGCCAGUAACCCAUACAAACACUGAGUAUGUUUUGAUAGAUAGGCUACGUGCAGUACGCAGAGGUGUUGUUGGAGUUCUUGUCAUUCUUGUAAUGAAUGGGAGAUCACAGAAGGCAGGAACAUGUUUGGAAAUAGGGCCACAGUUUCCUCUGUCGUUCACCUAGCUCUGUAAAAACGAAGAGGAUAAAUCUUAUUGACGUUUUAAUCUUCCAGUUGAGGUCCUUUUUACAAGUAAGGAAGUACAACCUGGACCUGUCAACGUUGGUCCUGUUCUCCCACCAGCUCAGCACAGCCUUGGCCUACCUGGAGAGCAAACGCUUUGUCCAUAGGUAAGACCAUGACCCAUUUAAGUUUUUACAUUUUCUAAUAUAUUUAUUUGUGCCACGCUGUCAAUAUUUAAGUACUCAAUGUUCCGUUUGCAGAAUUCCAGAAUCUUUCCAAAAUCCCCAGGUUUUCCAGAAUUCCUAGUUAUUGUGUAUCUCUUUGUGUGGAUCUCUUCAGGGACAUUGCUGCCAGGAACGUGUUAGUGUCUUCCACAGACUGUGUGAUGCUGGGAGACUUUGGCCUCUCCCGCUAUAUGGAGGACAGCUCCUACUACAAAGGUACAAACCUGUUUUAUACGGUCUCUGGUACAAACCCACUGACUUCCAGGCUGGUGUUUGAGCACCAUCUGCUGGUUGUGAAAGCCAUUGCAGAAUGUCUACGCGCUGAAGCACAUAUGUGUUUUUGUCUCAACGUCCAAUCUCUUUUUUCAGCUUCCAAAGGGAAACUUCCAAUCAAAUGGAUGGCUCCAGAGUCCAUCAACUUCAGACGCUUUACCUCAGCCAGUGAUGUGUGGAUGUUUGGUGAGUUUGGCAGCUACAAAUUACACACAUCUAGCUAUCAACUCCUGUGUUUGUGUCUGUCUAUGUCAUAUCUAGAGCCUGUCCUAACAGUCUUUCCCCACUCUCUCCCACAACUCGCUCAUCCCCUCUCAGAGUACGCCCGCCGCGCGCCGGCCGAGCAGGCGCGCGUACGCCCGCGACCGAGAGCCCGUCUCAGGCGACGCCAGCAGCGCUCCGCAAAGCGGAGACGACUCCCGUCCCCGACGAGCCGCCGCCUUCCCAACAGCCGGAAACAGUACGCAGCAGAAACAGCCCCGACACACCCUCCGGACGCUCAAGAGGAAUACCGCCGAAGCCACACACAGCCGCAUACCCAACUCCCGCUAGACCGCCGAUCGCUCCAACCCUCUCGUCCUCUACGCCCCUCACCCUUCUCCUCCCCUCCUCUCCCCCCCCUUCAUUCUCCUCUCUCUCCUCCCUCCUCUCUCCUCCCCUAUCCUAUCUCUCUCUUCUCUCCUCCCCUCUCCUCCCCUCCCUAACCUCUUUCCCCAACCUCCUUCCCCUCCCCCCUCCUCUCCAGGUGUGUGCAUGUGGGAGAUCCUCAUGUACGGUAUCAAGCCCUUCCAGGGGUGAAGAACAAUGAUGUCAUCGGGCGGAUAGAGAACGGAGAGCGUCUGGCCAUGCCUCACAACUGUCCCCCCACCCUGUACAGCCUGAUGACC